UACAGUUGCGAGAUUGAUAAUGGUACGUUUGUGCCAGAAAGUACAUUUCUAGAGUACAAUUCGUACCCUGGGCCUCAUAGCAGCGACAUCGUUUUUGUGGUGGAAGCAAAUAUGUGUAAUAAUUAUACUACGGAAGAUAAAUUCAUCGAUGAUAUACUUGCUGCACUCUUGGAGGAAUUACAUGGUCACAAAUUUAUAAAUAAUCGAUAUGCCGUUGUUGCCUUUGGUGCCCAAGUCCCACCUUUUGAUUAUCCCCGAAGUAUUUCUAACGACUAUGGAGUGUUUGUUAAUACCACUGACAAACUUCGUCAUUGCUUCAACCACGUGACCAGGUUUUUACACAAUGACGAUUACCAUAAAUCAAACAGUGAUAUACUACAAGCUAUUUCUGUAGCUUCCAGACUAAACUUUCGACCAGGAGUUUCAAAAACAUUUAUAUUGUUUUCCUGCAACCGAUGUGAUAUUAAGCAAAUGCUUUUUGAUUUCUCAUCUAUAUUACAAUAUAUGAACGAAGAAGGGGUCAGGUUGCACAUCCUAACUAAUACAGAGUUUACCUUUGAUAAACAACGUAAAAUGCGCAACUUUUUUGGCUUUGAUAAACAUUUCGUAUAUUCCCACCGUUUUCCCGAGGGCGAGAGCGAAACACGACAUAUACUCCAAAUUUCCAGAAGUGGCCUUGGGAUAUGCACACCUUUAGCUUUGGAGACUGGAGGAUCAAUUUUUAGCCGAAAAAAAAUUAUGACAGAGAGGAAAAAUUCUUUCAAACGAUUUGCAACUAUUUUCGCAAAGCGUGUGGUACAAAGUGCUAUGCCGAUUGGCAAUCAGACUUGUGAGUGUACUGGACACAAAACCGGAGUUGCGUACAUGUUGUGUACACAAGGCGAGCUAACGGGCCAAAAAUUGCUUUUAGAGGAAAACGAUUUAGAUCUUUCUGGCAUGGAUUGGCAAUCUGAAAUGGAUGAUAUGGAAUAAUAUGAAUAUUUCUGUUUAUUUAAAGACAAAUAAAAAAUACACAUUUAUAAUAAAGACAAACUAAGUAAGAAAUAUUGAAAAAAAACA